GCGAUGCCGUUGGAAACGCCGGCGGAGUCGACCUCGGCAGUGGACACCACAGAUACAUCAAGCCUCCUGAACGACCCCACAUCGCCCGAUAUGCAGAACAACACAAGCCAGGAGCAGAAUGCGUGGAGUGAAACGCGUCAGACGGGACCUCAGGCAACGACAAGUGUCAAAGAACCAGGGGCUGCAGCUGCUUCAGGUUCCAGUUCUGCUCCCACAACACGCCCACUUACACCACCGACAACAGCUUAUAGCGAAGGUGGGGUAAAGAGAAAGGAACCGCACCCAACGCCAUCGCCUUCUGUGGAAUCGAUGACCUUCGCAGACCUCAAGGCAGCACAGCGGCGGAGUAUGAAGGCCGUCCGUGAUAUUGCACUCAAGGAAAUCAACGCGCUGGAACCUGAAAUGUCCGAAGCGAGUCGCCACGAAAUCGCCGCUGUUUUGCAGGCUCACGUGAAUGAGAUGAGCUCGUCCGCGUUCACGCACCUCGCGCGCGUCUACUUUCCUGCCGAACUGCAGUCCACGAAAAAGCCUGAAAAUCCCGUGGAUCCCGUUGCAUUGGCCCGGAUAAGAGAACUCGACGCGCAGAUCCAUGCUGCCGAGCAACGUAUUCACGCACAUCAAACGAGCCUUCCUGUCAUUGUCCGGCAACACCUUCAAGCGAGCUUUACAGAGAAAGCCAAGGCGCUUGAAGAUGCGCUUUCGAGUCUACCGCACGCUACAAUCGAGAGCGACACCGCUAUCCAGUACUCGAAACAUGACAUUGCAGCUGUCAAAGCCACGUUUGCCCGAAUCACGUCGAAAAUUGAUCAGUUGAGCGUCAAUCUACCGCUGACGAUGCAAGCUGCCGCCAACACCAUCCAAGUGGUUCAGCACGCCGUGAGCCAGCCCAAGUCCCGACUCGAUGCUCUCAUGGAGCAUGGGGGCGACAGCAUUUCAACUCCUGCGACUUCAUCGCCCGCGACGUCAGCGACCCCCAGUCCCAACUCCCUCCGUGCGAAGCUGGCCCGGUUGCUUUAACUUAACUUGGCCAGUCGCUGCUUUUGUCGGUCGCGGAAUACGUCGUGUGUCGGUCGCUUGGUCAAGACAUUUCCUACGAUGGAGAAAUGAUGCAUUCGGUUUUGCCGCAUCAAUCCAUCGUCACGAUUCUUCCUA